CAGCUGAGCUGAACCAAGAUUAGUAUUGGUGCUUAGACCAAAGACACUAGUCAAAACAAAGAUGAAGCCAACACUGGCAUUCCUACUGCUGUUAGCGUCCGUCUUGGUCCAUAUGGGGUCCAGUUUCUCAUUUGGGAGAGAAGGGGCUCAGUACGCCUCCUGGGAUGACAUGAACGUGGUGGCCCACGGGCUUCUCCAGCUGGGCCAGGGCCUCAAAGAACACGUGGAGAAAACCAAGCGCCAGAUGAGAGACAUCUCCACCAAGCUGAAAGCCUUCAAUGGCACAGUGGCUGACUUGAGCAGGCAGAACAAGAGCCUGCAGGAGGGUGAGGAGGCAUUGAAGACCAGAGCCCAGGAGAUGGUGGAGAGAGAGAGCCAGGUGGUGAACAUGUCUGCUGAGGUACAUGCGAGUGCAGAGGAGCUGAGGGCAGAGCGCCAGAGAAUGGACAGGCUAGAAGAGAGGGUGGAUGGAAUGCAGCAAGGACGGGGGCUGAAGCUGAACAACAGCAGUAACAACCGCAGUGAUGAUGCCAACUUCAUCCAGCGGUUACUGGAGGCACAGAAUAAAUGGAUAGAUGACCUGGUGGACAGAAUAAGGCAACAGCAGGACGAACUGGAGAAACAGAACAUGCACCUACAGGCACUCCAGGGCAAGGUUAAACAGAGGAGAGUGAAGUCCGUUGUCAGGCGGAAACAUCAGGAAAUAGCACUGAAGGAUUACACUGAAGAAGUCGCUUCUCUAACUGAGUUGGCCACGGACUGCCAUGAGUUGUUCCUGAAAGGGGAGAGAAAUAAUGGAGUGUACGCCAUCCAGCCUCGCAACUCUCAGCCCUUUGACGUCUUCUGUGAAAUGACUGCUGAAGGUGGAUGGACGGUCAUCCAGAGACGGCAAGAUGGAUCCCAGAAUUUCAAUCAAUUAUGGGAGGCCUAUCAAAAAGGCUUUGGCAGCCUGAAAGGUGAGUUUUGGCUGGGACUGGACAACAUCCACACUCUGACCAAACAGGAAGAGCUCACACUGCUGGUGGAGCUGUCUGAUUGGAGGGGAGAGGCUCAGUCUGUGCAGUACACAUUCCGAUUGGGUGGAGAAGAGAGUAACUACGCCCUCUACCUCCCCAAGACUAUAUGCGAUAGCCUGGAAAAUGGCUUAACCACCGGGCCCUCCGGACUGUCCUUCUCCACUAUCGACAGAGACAACGAUCUGAAUGCCGAUGUCAACUGUGCCAAGCAACUCUCUGGUGGCUGGUGGUUCAGCAACUGCGGUCAAUCCAACCUGAAUGGCAAGUACCCUAGAAAACCCAACAUACGUCAAAGACGACAGCCAAGGAAGCAACUGAUAUUUUGGAAGACCAACCAUGCCCUGAGGACCACUGUAUUGAAAAUUGCCCCAGCUACAGUCAAGUCAUCGGUGGAUCAAGGUUAUUAUUAGACCUUCAGAAUAAAAAUAGUACACAAAAAAAAUGGUGUACAAUAUUGUACAAACAAUACUGAGCUUGUGAGGUUAAGAACUGGAUUUGCCAAAGUCAAUAAAAUGUUAGCAGAUUACCAUGAAUUUUGUUAUUCAUAAUAACAUUUGCCUUUUGUGUAGCAAUCUUGCAAGAACAUCCCUUUCACUUAGGAUCAAUGUCAUAUUUCACUGUCUCAGUGGACAUUAGUUCAGUCACAUUGCCUGAUGCAUUGUAGCACUUACACCCUUUGAAAGGGUCCAACUGUUUUUUAUUUGAUUUGUUAUCAUUUGUCUGUGGAAUAAAUGUGAGAUACGUCAUAGUCAUUUCUAUACUUUCAAUAGUAAUAUAUUGUACAUUUAUCCAUUUUCAAAAUGCUUUGAAUGUAACUACUUCAAACGAAAUAUCUUAUUAAAGAAAUGUAAAAGUGCUGGUUAUA